AUGUUUGCCUUGAGGCAGGCAUCACCUUUUGACCUAAUCUACCUCCCAAAUAGGAACCUAUUCUCACUUCUUGAGUGGGUCACACGGAGAAAUAGAAACAAGAUAAUAGCUUUUCUCUUAGAUCAAGGAACGGAUCCGAACUCUUUAUUCGACCCACCAUUUUGGAGCAAAGUAUCCUACGACGGAACCGAAAUAAAAAUGGAGUCACUCAUCCCAUCUAUGCGUGUCCUAUUUCGCCAUAUAGACAUAAGCUAUAAAUCCGACGAAGAAGCAGCAAUCUCUCACGUUUGCCCUUCCUUCUACCGACUACCAAAACGGAUUCGCAUUAGAGUGGCCCUUCGCAUAGGGGCGUUCUAUAUCCACAAUUGGUCCAUACCGGAGCUUUUUCGAGUCAUAUUAGGAACGGAUGUCUUAGAACCCAACGAUUUUAAAUUUUGUCAAGAGUUAGAUUCAACGUUAAUCCAUUGUGCAGCACGGGGCAGGGGUGUUAGCGAAAGAGGCUUUCGAGAAGGGACUAGCGCUGAUAGAUCGAAUUGUGACGCUUGGGGUGACCUCUGCCAUAAGUUUUUCUGUGUCAGAAUCGAUAUUUACGACCUCGUUGACGGCAAAACUCCCUUUCUAUCGUUUCUCGAUGGAUAUCUCUCAUCAUGGUACGGACCCAUAGAAUUAGGUCCGGCUUGUCAAAUUGCCGUUCAAGUCUGGCUGAAACAACUCGAAGUUGUUGGCGUCGAUCUAAAUAGGUAUGGUAAAGCGGAGGAAUAUAUGUGGAAAGGGGGUAUCACCCAGCGAGAAUUUGACGUGUGGAAUAUUCCGGAACAAGGGUUCGAAUUGCAAGGAAUGAUUGGAUUUACAUAUGGCUCUUCCCCUGGGAAUUGGUAUAUAUGGCUGUCCGAGGAAUCUGAUUCUUUUGUGGGAGAAUUUUGGGAUAUGAUCGAGCGGCCAGUGGAAGUGAUGCCAGGUGCCUGGCCGAAAGAAUGA